CGUUGAAGGCCUUCACGCUAUUGUCGUCUCAGACAGAGAUGGUGUGCCUGUUAUCAAAGUUGCCAACGAUAAUGCUCCAGAGCAUGCUCUGCGACCUGGCUUUCUGUCCACCUUUGCCCUUGCCACAGACCAGGGCAGUAAACUAGGACUUUCUAAAAACAAAAGUAUCAUCUGCUAUUACAAUACAUACCAGGUGGUGCAGUUCAAUCGCUUGCCUUUGGUGGUGAGUUUCAUUGCCAGCAGCAAUGCCAACACCGGGCUGAUUGUGAGUUUAGAGAAGGAGCUCACACCCCUCUUUGAAGAACUGAGGCAGGUUGUUGAAGUUUCUUAAGUUGAUGGUAUAGCCGGAGUGCGGCAUCCCUCUGCAGCCCAGUGGACAGAAAGAUUCAAUAAUCCUCAGUCAAAUAACAUGUCUUGGAAGAAAUGCCACAGCUCCUUAGUAUACUAAGUUAAGAGUAAAUUGUACAUAGUACUGAAUCUGAAAUGAUCUACUAGUGUGUUGUAGGUGGAUGUUACUUAGGCCACGCUUCUUGUAUUGUGCAGUACUGGAGAGACCACCAAACUAGCUCCUAUGAGCCAGAUUGGUGUGAUGUGUCGGCUCGGAUGAGCAACUCGCAGAUCUCUUGCUUUACAGGGAACCAGGCACGUGGUGGGUGUAUCCUCAUGCCAGCUUCCACUGUGUAUGGGAAAGCGGAUUGCUUGUAUGGUGUUAGCAAACAUGGGGUUGAAAGAAUGUUGUGAGCAAGUUUCCUAGCAGUGAUGUGUCAGUACAAUCAAUAAAUGCCCCAGCUUUCUUGCGUGGGUGAUACUUAGGCAAGGGAAUGCUACUCAUCUGGAUGCUAGCUGCAUCCUGCUUCCACUAAGAAGAAAGCUAUUUCUAUGAAAGCUGUUACUUUAGGGGUUUUCCUGAUGCCCAGAUAAAAGCACCCAAACAGUGUCUCACUUUUUCGUGGGGUUUUUUUGUGUAAUAUGGUUGUGAAGAUCUCAUGCCUCAUAGUCUUUGUGUGGGCUCAUCACUGGUGACACUCUCAGCUCAUUUACCCUUAGGUUUUCCGAAGUAAAUAAAUAUAAAUACAAUGCAAUAUUUUUAAAUG